AUGCCCCUGCGCCGGGACGGCGUGGGGCUGAGCCGUCACUGGCUUGGCCGCGUCGUUUAUAUGAUGCUUGGUUGCUCUGCCUACCUCGGAACAGCUACGGCCCAGACCCUCCAAAUCCCCUUUGCGGCGCCUCCGACGGGGGAGAACCGAUUCCGCGCGCCGCAGCCACCACUUAACGUAUCCGGUAUGUACGACACUGACCUCAGCUUUCCGCGUUGCCCACAACUUGGACUGAACGGAUCGGAGGAUUGCCUGUACCUGGGGGUCUACUCGCGACCCUGGACCACGGGCCAGCCGCUGCGACCCGUCUACGUCAACUUCUUCAGCGGCGGGUUCGUCCAGGGAUCGGCCUCGUCGGGCCCACCGGGGCUGAACGCCGCCUCGCUCAAGGUCAGCGCGGCCAACGACUUUGUGGGCGUCGGCCCCAACUACCGCACGAAUGCCUUUGGCUUCCUGCCGGGAAGCGAGGUCUUCGAGGCCGCCGACGCCGACCUGAACGUCGGCCUGCUGGAUCAGCAGUACGCGCUAGAGUGGGUGCAGAAAUACAUCCACCUCUUCGGGGGAGACCCUGGAAAUGUGACCCUCUGGGGCACUAGUGCUGGUGGGGGUAGCGUCGUCGCCCACACGAUCGCCCACGACGGGCAGACUCAACCCCCUCUCUUCCGCCGCGGCAUUAUGGAUAGCCCUUACUGGCCCAAGACCUACGCCUAUAAUGCCCCGGAGUCGUAG